UUCCAAUCAAUCUAAUCAGCGUGAAGGAAUUCGACCAUAUUCAAAAUGAAGUUCACGGUCCAAUAAUUCAUUUCAAAAAGACUUUAUCAAAAUAUUUCAUUGUUAGUUAUUUCUGUUAAAAUGGCGUAUAUUCUAAAACAGGCAUAUCUCGGAUACAAUUGGAUAUUUGGCGACUUAGCAGAUUCAAGACCGACUGAAUUGGAUCUACUUCUUAUGUCCACACCUCUAAAACCGAUUUUGAUUAGCUUAGCAUAUUUGUAUUUCUGCCAGAAUCUAGGACCAAGGUGGAUGGCUUCUAGGAAACCAUUUUCACUGAAGAAAACCAUCAUUGCUUUCAAUAUAUCCCAAAUAAUAAUUAAUAUACACCUAUUCUAUGUGUGCUUCAGUGAACUACCUGAAUCAGAUUGGAGCUGCAUUCCUGUAGACUACUCCUGGAACCCUAGAAGUCUCAAAGAACUUCGAUAUCAUCAUUACUACUUCCUUGUCAAAAUGUCUGACUUCCUGGAUACGAUAUUCUUCGUUCUAAGGAAGAAAAAUCAACAAGUGACUUUUCUGCACCUGUACCACCAUUUUGGUAUGUUCCUGAUAACUUGGAUAGAUGUCAAAUACUUCGGAGGAGGCCAUGGGAUUUGGCUGGGCAUACUCAACUGUCCGGUACAUGCUAUUAUGUACUUGUACUAUACUCUGGCGAUUUUUGAUGAAAAAUGGAAAACGAAUGCAACUUUCAAGAAGUUCCUCACUCAACUGCAAAUGGUACAAUUCCUUGCCCUGAUAAUAAUUUAUGGAAGGCCGUUGUUCAUGGCAGAAUGUCGAUAUCCCAAAAUCGUUUGUUACUUUUUCGUUCCACAGAACUUUUUCAUGUUAGUGUUAUUCUUGGACUUCUACAGAAAAUGCUAUUUGCGAAGAAAUAAAUCAAAUGGCUCAUUGAAAUCAAAUGGUUUAUCUGAAUCAGGAUAAAAUCAUGGAAUAUCUGAAGAAAAAGAGUAUUUAAACUUCGUUUUAGAAGAUUCCUUCAAAUUCUCGAGUAUAGGUACCUAUCUAUAUAUCAUAUUUUGUUAGGUUAGAGAAACAUAUAUAUUUUCUGUUGAUAUUUAUUUUUUGACGUAUAUCUCAAACUGAAUACAGAUUCUACAAGAAUAUCUCAUAGUAUUUUUGAUAUCCCAGAUAACCACACUAUUUUUGAAAAUUUCUUGAAAUAUAUCGUAAAAUGCCAAUGUAUAUUUUAAAAUCC